GUUAUAUUUAAUUUUGAAUGAUCAGAACCAACUCUACUCAAAAAACAAAAUAGGUUGUACUUUCAAACGGAUAAGUUCAAUCGCUGAGUCCAUUUAAUAGUGCAAUAAGAUUAAGCAGUCAUUAUUAAGAAGCUCCAAGCACACCAUAGAGAUAAAUAGUUUCUUAAAAUGCUUUAAGAUUGAUAGUUAAUAAUCAUUAAGCAGAAGUUAGAUAAUCUAAUGCUUUUACACCAAAUGGCAAACAAUAAUAAGCAGGAAAGACCUAUUAAGAGAAUAGAUCUGUGAUAGUUCAAGAUAACACAAGAAUGCAAUAAUUAAUAAAUGAUAACAUGUACUUAUCCCAAGCAUUGGAACAAACAAAAAAUGAAUUGAAAUAGUAUCAACAAUCUACACAUGAAAGUCAAUAGUUAGAUUUCAUUAAGGUGAAAAUAGAGAGUCUCGAAAAGGUGAUAGAUGAUUAAGCUUUGGAAAUUGAACAAUGGAAAUAGAGAUAUCAAAAGGUUUGUACACAAGAUCCUUAAGAUUCGAUGCUUUAAAUGGAAUCUUAGAUUAUGUUAGUAAUAUAAGAAAAUGAAAGAUUGAACAUUUUAGUAAAAAAUAUUUAGGACUCAACAGAUAAAAAGGAUUAGUUAAUUUCACAAUAGGAUUAGGAGAUUAAAAAGCUUAAAGAAAAAAUCAAAAUAUCAGAUAAAACAAUAUAGAGUUAAAAAGAGGGUAAAUUAUAUUAAUUAUUUUAAAUAGAGAUAAAAUAAUGGCAUGAUAACUUUGCAGAAUUCGAAAAAAAUUCAAAGUAGUAAGUGAGUCAUGAAUCUGAAUUAUUAAAAAGCAAAAUGAAGAUCUAAGAACUUGAAUUUUAAUUACAUAAAAAGAAAGUCAGUGAGAAUAAUAAUGGAUAAAAAUUGAGUUAAAGGAAAUUUGAUGAAAAUCCAGAAUUAGAACUUAAAUUAAGAUAACUAUUAGAAGAGAAUAAUAAAUUAACUCUUUUGAUCGAUAGUUUGUAAACUGAAAAUACAAAAUUAAAAUCAACAAAGUAGAGUAGAUCAACUAGUUGCUUUUAGUCAAAUAGUCAAUUAUCUUAAGGAGUUCUCGAAUAAAUUAAAUAAGUAAUUGAAUUUAUGAAUAAAUUAGGAAUUAUUUAAUUAAUAGUUAUUUAGCACUGAAGAGUUUAAGAAACUUAAAGUAAUCUAUCAAUAGAAUGAAACCUUGAGGAAUCAAUUAGAUAAUGCUAAUGAAUAAAUUUCAAUUUUGAAAAAAAGUCUUCAAUAUUAUGAGGAUGAACAAAAUGUACCUUCUGAUUAGCUCUUCGAUGAAUUCUUAUAAAGCUAAAGUCAUUGUUUAAACAUGAUAUAACAAUUAUAAUAAUGA